AUGGAGGAGUUUUCGCGACUGUGCUGCCUUAUUGUGGAAGAUGUCUAUGGCGGAUUCCUUGCCCGAAUAUUCCAGCAGUUAUCUCAACUGGGCCGACUCUCUGCCAACCAACUUGCUCAAAGAUGUCGUCUUCCCUUGCGGCAUGUCAAGACCGGAAUGGCCGCAUUGAUACAACUUCGACUGAUCUACCACCACACCACCCCCGAUGGCUUGUCGACUUACCAAGCAAACACGUACAAUGCUUAUAAUCUUGUGCGAGCUGGUAAACUCAUGGCGCUAGUCGAAAGGAAUCUUGGCCCGGUUGCCGCCAGAAUUAUGAAAAUUCUGAAUGUUCUCGGUUCUGCAACCGCAGGCGAGCUGGAGUCCAGAGUCUUUGGCGACGAGGCUUCUGGAUUCAAAAGAAAGUCUGCACCACUGACCAAUGGUUUUUCCGACGAUAGGAAUGAACCCGGUGUCGACUCAAGAAGUAAGACGUAUUUCCGGGCUAUGCUGAGGCAACUGGCGGACAAAAAAUACAUUGUGGCCGUUCGUGAUGCUCAUUUCCAGUCUCUGUUCGAUGCCCGUCAAGAUGUCGAGCGCCACUUGCGUAGCCUCGGCACUCUUCCCUCAGGCAAAGGGAAAAAACUGCAGUCAGAUAUUGAUGAAAAGGUCAAUGCUGAACUCGAAACACGCUUAGACGCUACUGUUCCAACGGCCACCAUUUUGCAGGAAUUCGAGACGCGCUCCUCGAACGCGGAAACAGGGAACACCAGUCAAGAUAAAACAGUGUUGUGCAUCAAUUACGCGAACCUUAUCGUCUCCAUACGCAACGAGAAAAUCGCAUCCACCGCGGAAAAGUUAUUUGGCAACCACACGGCACAAAUCGCCCGCGCAGCGUGCCUACAGAUCGAUAUUGAUUCCGAGCCACUGAAAUUGCAGUCCUCCAAUGACCCCUCCGCUUCAACACACAAGCUCAACAUGUCUCGGAUAAGCCAUGAUUUGGUCGACCAGGGCACGUCAAACUCAUUCGACGAAAGCGAAGAGAACGGUUGGCCCGUAGGAGCUCACCUUGCCAACGGUCAUCAUGUCUACUCUACGAACGGCACCAAAGACUUGCGGGAUGUCGAGAAUCAUUUGGCCGUCUUGGCAGAAGGCCCUUUCUCCUUUUUCUUCCGUGAACCCAAAUCGGACUCCUGGGCGAUUCACAAGAAAAAGAUGGAUGACUUCCUUCGCGAUAGGGAAUUAAUUCGACUCAUGGGCGAGAGUCUAAGUGGACCGGCCCUCAGAAUCAUUCGCAUGCUGAUUGACAAAGGGAAAGCAGACGAGAAAACACUUCAAGAAGUUGGCCUGUUGGGUGCAAAGGAAGUUCGGCGAUGUCUGGCACAAAUGCAAAUGAUGGGAUUCCUUGAACUGCAAGAAGUUCCCAGAGAACCGCAACGACAGCCCAAUCGCACAAUAUUUCUCUGGUUCUACGACGCCGAAAGGGUGCGAAAGGUGUUUCUGGGAAGACUAUACAAGGCAAUGUCAAGAUUAUUUCAACACCUACAACUCGAACGGGGAAAGCUUUCUUCUACCCUCAGCAAGAUUGAGCGAAGUGAUGUCCAGGGUAGUGAACCAGAAAUGCUUUCCCCCGCAGAGCUUCAAGUAUUGUAUCAAUGGCGACAAAGGGAGACAUGGCUCCUAGCAGAGAUCAAUCGGUUGGACGAUUCGGUCGCUAUUCUUCGAGAUCUAUGA